UGACAAAAUUUGAUGGGAAUGUCAUUGCCAUCUAUGUGAUAUGUGUCUUUUGCAUAGUGGUUGGCUCCUACUGGGGUCUUUAUCCCAAAAAUAUGAAGCUUUCGGAAUUCUGGACAACAACUCCCAAGCCUCCAAUAAGAUUGACUCUUCAAACAAGUGAGUCAGAGGUCGACGAAGAAGAAGGUAAAGGUAGCUUGUGGACCAAUAUUCUGUUUGGUGCAGUCAUAGUGAGCAUCAUGGCUGGCAUGCUGCUUCUCCUUUACUUUGCAUACAAGUACUUUGUGUUUGUAUUCAUGGGCCUCUUCUGUGUCAUCGCGUCAACUGGUAUGUAUUCUCUCUUCUUUCCAGUCUUAGCUGAGAUUGAUUGUUUCCACACAAGGUGGCAGGUAUCGUGCCGAAACAAAGAGAAGCAUUUUGCUCCCUUCAAAGUUGCUCUAUGGUUAGCCUGCUUCUCUAUAACCAUGGUUUGGUUUGCCUUCAGGCAUGAGUACAACAUCUGGCCACUCCAAGUUUUUAUGGGAAUCAGUGUGUGCCUCAACAUAAUCAUGAGUGUUCCUCUUCCCAACUUGAAGAUCAUUACCAUCAUCAUGGCCAUGCUGUUUAUCUAUGACAUAUUCUUUGUCUUCAUAACACCUUUAUUCACGAAAGAUGGUGUCAGCAUCAUGGAAAGAGUUGCUACUGGAUCAUCUUCCAAAAAGCAAGUGUUUGAUGCACCAAUGGACUACACCCCUGGUGAACAAAUUCCUCUUUCGAUAAAGAUCCUACUUCAAAACACAGAUUUCAAAGUAUGCAUGCCCAUAUAUGGAAUGAUCGGAUUUGGUGACAUCGUAAUUCCUGGUCUUCUCACCGGCUACUCUGCUUACUUUGACACACUUGCUCACCCUGGUCAAAUUAAGUGGUACUACAUUAUCUCCUGUACCUCCUACGCAGUUGGUCUCAUUAUCACCUACGGUGCACUGAUUGGAAUGGGAAUAGCGCAGCCAGCGCUGCUAUACCUUGUCCCCUGCUGUCUGCUCGGAGUGUUUGGAACUGCGUUUAAGAGAGGAGAAGUGUUGGCUAUGUGGACUGGGCGGGCGGGUGUUGCUGCUCCUCGGCCAUUUGCGGAUGAAGAAGAUGGUGAAGAAGAUAAUUUGAACAGUUGAUGUAAUGGAUAUUAGGUUUUGUGAAUGAUGCUGCAUGAGAUACUCCUAAGCUUACAACAACGUUGAUGUUAUGGAACUAAAAACUGUAAUACUAAUUUAUUUGUAGAGGAAAUAUGAAAAGCAUGUGAAAAAGAAGAUAUCAUUGAAGCCGGAGGGUGUAGUGUUAUAAUGAACUAUAAAUGUAAAAUAUUCCAAAUAUAUAUCAUUUUACCAGAUUGGACUGCAACAGUGCAGAUCUCUGUAUCUUUGUACUGAUGAUUUAGUUUUAAACUUUUAAACGAUUAAUAACUUUGUUGCAUGUAUUAUUGUAUGUUGUUUACAAUUAUGAAGUUGUCCAUGAGUUCUGAAAUCUAUCUUUUCAUAUUUAAAAGUGAUUUCAGUCUGAUAAUUUGUUUUAGGUACCUACACCAGUCGGAUUCAUUAUAGAGCAUUGUACAAUAUAGUCUGCUAAAAUUUGUAAGAAAACAUCCAUUAACUAAUCAAUAAACAGCUAUCAACUAUCCAUUAAUGUUUGAAUUAUCAGAGUCUAAAUUUUACAUAUCUUGCCACAGUUAAAAUAUUUCUGAUAAAGGUGGCCAUGGGUACUUUCGUCAGAUUUGCAUACUCGAAAUAGUCAUUGAACCAUUUAAAUGUCUUACUGUGGUACAGUAGCCGAUUCUAAAUGUUUUGUGUUAUUUUGAUUUUGUGUGCUGGAAUUCAUGAUUUUGUGAGUGACCUUCAUGGCUCGAUGAAUGUGAAAAAUACAUGAUUAAGAAUAAAAAUAUUAUUUUGAUGGGCAGCAUUUGUCUGCAGAGUAAGCAAUCCCAAAACAAAUCCCAAAAGUUCGUUUUCAAAUUUAAGUAAUAUUUCCUAUGGUGUUGUAUCAUUCUCGUAAUUUGUAUUUGUUUCUACCUGUAUCAAAUUUUCAUGAAAUGGAUUGCUUCGAUAAUAAA